AUGCAGGGCAUCCUGACGGUCACUCUGGUGCGGGCGACGGCGCUCGGCGGCUGGACGGGCGAGCCCGACCCCUACGUGGAGCUCACCCUGUACGGCGCAGGCGGCGACGCCUCCGCCGGCCAGCCGGGCGCGCGCAACGCCAAGGGCGGCUUCGCGGCGGCGCAGCACCGACAGGCGAGCCGCGAGGCCCGCCCCCUUUGCACCGCUGACGCCUCCCUCAUGCUUGCGGACUCAGUGUCCAACACCAUCUGGAACGAGGCCAACCCGAGGUUCAACGAGAAGUUUGACUUUGCCAUGAUCCCUGCGGGGGCCGUGCUGCUGGCCACCGUGAAGGACCGGACCUCCACCUUUGAGAAGAUAGCCAGCCUCAAGAUUACGGACCGCUUCAAGUCCGUCACCCUGGGACGCGUGAAGGUCCCGCUGAUGGAGGUGGCGGCCGCCGGGCGGCUGCGCGGCAGCUGGCCGCUGCAGGGGGCGCUGGAGGGGCAGCUGGAGAUGGUGCUGGAGUGGAUCGACGCGGGGGAGGCGGACCUGACGCAGGAUUGA